AUGGGGAAGAGGUGCUCGGGGGAGAGUGGACAGGCGGAGCAAGUUAGAGGGUUAGUGUCCAAAUCCCUUGACCUGGGGAAGAAGUUGGUCACGGCGAAUGCUCUUCGUUCGCUCAAGAAACUCGGUCUUUCGCUGUUCGAGAACGAGACCCGGGAAAUAUCGGGCAUGUUCGACGAGAUUCUUGAGAAAUAUCUACGGGAGCACGAAGAGAAUCCAAAUGGAGAUCACAAGGACAUGAUGGAUGUUCUUUUGGAAGCUUACCGAACUUUUUAUCGGAGGGACAGAUACUUCAGCGCAAUCAACGCAAUGGACGAUGGCUUCAACCAUCCCAACAUCUUCAAGAAACUGAGACAAGGAAUCGAUUCCAUUGUCGGGACAACAAGGUUGAUCCAAGAGACCGAUCUCCUGAACCUACCGUACUUGCAGGCAGUGGUAAAAGAAGGGCUGAGGCUACAUCCACCCCUAACUCUCUCCCCCAGGCGAUGUGGGAAACUAUGCAAGGUUUCCGGGUACGAUGUGCCCGAUGGUAAUCAUCAACGCUUAUGCGAUAAUGAGAGAUCCGGUCUCAUGGGGGGAAAAGGCCGACGAGUUCCGCCCCGAGAGGUUCUUGGGACCUCCGAAAGGGCUGGUAGGUGGCAGAGAAGAAGGAGUGAAGUUCUUCCGUUUGGGAGCGGAAGAAGGGCAUGCGUUGGAGCAAACUUGGCUUACAUCUUUGUGGGCACGGCCAUAGACGCAAUGGUGCAGUGUUUUUUGAUAAAGAUUCGUAUUGAUGGAUUGAAGGAGAUACAUAGUGAUUGCUGUGAUAGCAAUAUGAUAUACAAAAGGACCUGA